AUGAAUAACAUAUAAAGAGAAAUACACAUCUUCCAAGAAGGAGAUCAAAAUGAAGAAAUUGUGAAGGAAGAAUUUAUAAAUUUAUCUCUAUCAGACAACUUCGAGGAGUACCAAUUGGGAUUACAAAAAUUUAAAAUCUAUUUAGAUUUAACAUAUCCCAAUUUAGAAGAACCAAUUGCAUAAAUAAUAAAGAAGUAAUUAAUUCCUAAAAUGCUAUUUCAUUUAGAAAAUUCUUUCUAUCGUAAUUAAGCCGAUGUACUUUAUUAAAUUAAUUUCAUAUAAGAAGCACUCAAGAAAUAUCAUUUUGAAAACUCUUUCAUAGAAAAUGGCUUAAUGUAUAUUCUAAUAAGAUUGAUUUCUUUAAAAAAUAAAAUAUAUGAUUUAGAAAUCAUAAGGCUAUUUAUUUUGCUACUUCAUUCAUCUAAUAAUAAAUAUAAACACAAUAUUUAAGUUUAAAUUAUUGUAUUUAUAGGCACUCAGAAGGUAAUGCAAAUGAUUGAAUAUCAAUCUCAUUAAGCAACAAAAAUUAAAUAAAUUGCUCUCCUUUGCAAUAUUAAUGAUCAAUAUUUCUUUAAUGAAAAAAAGAUUUUUAUUGAACAACUUUGUUAAAUUAUACUUAAUGAAUCUAAUUAAUCAGGACAAUUCAUAACUGCAAUAGAAUUAAUAUCUGAUAUUAUUGGAUAUGAAAAUAUUAAACAACUGCUAUUGGAAAAUAAAGUGUUGUAACCAAUUAUUGAUGCUAUUCCGAAUUGGAUAGAUUAAUAUCGAUCGGUUUUAGAUAGUAUUUUAAAAAUAUGUCUUGAAUUCAUUUUGUAUAAUAAAAUUAGUCGAUAAUUGGUUGUAACUUAUGGUUUAUUAAAAUACCUAAAACUGUUAAUUAAAAGUUAGUUUUAUGGAAUAAAAUAUUAUUCCUUAAAAAUAGUCGAAAAUUUAUGUUAUGAGAAAUAUAUGGUUGAAAGAUUAUAUAUCAACUCUGUAGUUAGAACUAUAUUGGAAUAAUUCUUACAAAAUUCAAGAAAUUAUGAGUUCAUUUCAACAUUAGUAAGAUUACUAGAAUAUGGUAGCCUCAUGUUUUUUAAGUAUUGUUUAGAUAUCGCUUAAGAAUUUAUACUAGAAUUUUUAAAAACAUUUUUAAGCUUUCCAGAACCUAAAGUAUGUAGGAGUUAGAUGGCUCUAAUUAAAGUUUUCCAAAAUUAGGGGCUAUUCUAUGAUGAGAUAUAAUAAUAUCUUAUUGAAAACUAGGAAAUUAUUAAGUAAAAAAUGAAAUUUCAAUAAUUUAAUGAUAAAUAGUUUUUCGAUUUCUAUUAAAUAAACCAGAAAUUUGAAUGA